UGUUUUUCGUUUUUCGUUUUUCAUUUCUCACUUCCAUUUUCCAGAACAAGAGAGGAGAGAGACUGAGAGAAAGAUGAAGAGAAGGAGAAAGCAACUCAAGCUUCCUCUCACCAGACCUCUCAAACCCAUGCUCCUUCAAAAACAACAACACCAGCACCAACAACAGCUCGCAGCCGUCGCCGAAACCUCCAAGCUCGACGCCGCCGUCGUCGAUGCCUCCGACUUCGGUCCUGCCGAAAUUCUUAGUCAAGAUUUCUUCUGCACACCUGAUUAUAUUACCCCGGAAUGUCAGAAUUUCUUUAGCGAUUUAGAUGCCAAUAAGGAAAAUAUCGCUUGUCCGGCAUCACCAGAGAAGUUGAAGACUGUCAAGAGUAAAAGGUUAAAGAAAGAUGGCAGGUUUGUAGGAUCUCCAGCUUCUAUGCUGGAUCAUCAGCAGACAGGAGAACUCGCAGAAGACAUACUUUAUAUGGAUGAAAACAAGGCAGAAAAAAACAUCGCUACUGUAUUGGGAAAAGUUCCUAGUUAUGUCCCGCAGUCAGCAAUUGCUUUACGAUGUCGUGUUAUGCCACCACCCUGUUUAAAGAACCCUUACAUAAAGGAUGCUGUGGAAAUGGAUGUGGAUCCAUUUGAAAGUUGGAGAACAAAAUGUUCAGGUUAUCUCUCCGCGUCUAAUGCUGCUGACAGCAUGUCACGCUAUCGUGCAGACUUCCAAGAAAUAGAGCAAAUUGGAAACGGAAACUUCAGUCGUGUGUUUAAAGUCUUGAAGAGAAUUGAUGGUUGCCUUUAUGCUGUAAAACGUAGCACUAGGCAAUUGUCCCUUGGCACAGAAAGAAGGAAAGCUUUAAUGGAAGUUCAGGCAUUGGCUGCUCUAGGGUUUCACGAAAACAUAGUAGCUUAUAACACUUCUUGGUUUGAGAACGAGCAACUGUACAUACAAAUGGAGCUUUGUGACUAUAGUCUCUCCAGUUAUAAUUCAUCUCGCUUGCUUACUGAGGAAGAAGUUUUGGCGGCAUUUUUCCAGAUCUCCAGAGCAUUGCAAUAUAUACACGAAAGAGGAAUUGCUCAUUUAGAUGUAAAGGCAGAGAACAUAUAUGUCAAGAACGGUGUCUAUAAGCUUGGUGAUUUUGGUUGUGCCACACUGCUAGAUAAUAGUCUUCCCAUAGAAGAAGGUGAUGCACGCUAUAUGCCUCAAGAAAUUUUGAAUGAGAAGUAUGAUCAUCUUGACAAAGUUGAUAUCUUUUCGCUGGGGGUUUCCAUAUAUGAGCUUUUGCGUGGGUCAUCAUUGCCUGAUGCCGUGCAGCAGCGUUUGAGAGAGGGGAAACUACCACUGCUUCCUAGCAAUUCACUGCAGUUACAGAACUUGCUCAAGGUCAUGGUUGAUCCAGAUCCAACAAGGCGACCUUCUGCUAAGGAAUUAGUAACAAACCCAAUUUUCUCCAGAAUCUUGUAAACAGGUGAACCAAGUACAAUCUUUUGGGAUGAUUAAGGGUUCUCAUAAGAUCUGCUGCAAGAAGGCCAAGCACAAUUAACACCUCCAAGGUUUCAGCUAGAAAGUACGGGUCAGAAAUACUAAGUUAUGAAUCUAAUUUAACUGUGGAUUAUCUUUAUCAUUCGAUGCACCAAGUUUUGCGUUCAUGUAUGGUGCUCAUGUUGUAAAUGUAUGAAGCUGGCGAAUUGUGUAUGUAAAGGGGUGUCUGUAACAUUUUGUAUUGUGCCAUUUUGGUGCUGGCCUUGUGAUAUCAAUGGAAACUCGCUUUUGGGCAGCU